UGAUGGGCAUGGAUGUAGCUUUCCCACGCUAGUACUACAGUCUUGUGCACCAGCCGACCGUGGCCAAGGGCCCUAAGCUGCACGGCACCCAUGACAAGACAUGGUGUUAUGAAUGAUGUUCAGUAGCUCUGAUGCAAAGGAUAAAGCUACUGCUAGAUGAUAAAUAGUACCAGCACUGCAUAUGCAUUCUCAAGCAACAGCAAAAAAAGAAGGGGUAGGAGAAAACACUAACCAAUGCGUUUCUUCAACGUUCCUACGGCCGUGCUGCAGCUGUUCGUGCUGCUCAUCUUGGCCUCUCCCACCACCGCAUGCACCAAGCAGGAGAAGUGCAACCUCCUCCGGUUCCUUGCCGGGCUGUCCCGAGAUGGCGGCCUCGCCACAUCGUGGCAUGACAGCAGCACGGACUGCUGCGAGUGGGAAGGCAUCACCUGCAAUGGAGACGGGGCUGUCACUGAGGUCUCCCUGGCAUCUAGAGGACUUGAAGGGCGCAUCUCACCGUCCCUUGCCGACCUCACCAGCCUGCUACAUGUCAACCUCUCCUACAACUCCUUCUCCGGUGGCCUUCCACCAGAGCUCAUGUCCUCCAGAAGCAUCAUCGUCCUCGAUGUCAGCUUCUGCCAGCUCAAUGGACCGCUGCCCGAGCUGCCUUCUUUGGUUACUCACUGGCCUCUGCAGGUACUCAACAUCUCAAGCAACCAGUUCAGCUCAGAAUUUCCAUCAGCCACAUGGAAGAUGAUGAAGAAUCUGAUCACGCUCAACGCCAGCAAUAACAGCUUCACUGGGCAAAUACCGUCUUCUCUUUGCCUUGGGUCACCAUCUUUGUCUUUGUUUGACCUCUGUUACAACCAAUUGAGUGGUGAUAUUCCCACCACACUAGGUGAUUGCUCCAAGCUCAAAGUGCUCAAGGUUGGCCAUAACAACCUAAGUGGGACUCUCCCUGUUGAAAUCUUCUGCGCUACCUCGCUAGAGUACCUCUCCUUCCCCAACAAUGCUUUACAAGGAGAACUUGAUGGAGCACACAUAGUCAAACUCGGUAAUCUGCUUACCCUUGACCUUGGAGGAAACAGUUUCAGUGGCAACAUCCCAGAGUCCAUAGAUCAGCUCUGGAGGCUGGAGGAGCUCCAUUUGGGUAGCAACAAAAUGUCUGGAGAGCUGCCAUCAACUCUGAGCAACUGUACACAUCUCAAAACCAUUGAUCUCAAGAUCAACAACUUCAGUGGAGAUCUGGGCAAUAUCAACUUCUCCUCCCUACAAAGUUUAAAAUACUUAGAUCUUAUAAGGAAUAAUCUCAGUGGCAUAGUUCCAGAAAGCAUUUACUCAUGCAGCAAUUUGACUGCACUGCGGCUGUCAGACAACCAUUUCCAUGGUGAGAUCUCACUAAGAAUAGGCAAUCUGAAGCACCUGUCCUUCCUAUCACUUAGUCAAAACUCCUUUACAAAUAUCAAAAAAGCUUUGCAUGCCAUUAAGAGCUGCAGGAACAUCAGCACCCUGCUUAUUGGCAGAAACUUCAUGAAUGAGGCCAUGCCACAAGAUGAAACCAUUGACGGUUUUCAGAAUCUUCAAUGUCUUGCCAUGGAAUGGUGUUCGUUGACUGGAAGGAUACCUAUUUGGUUAUCAAAGCUCAGAAAUCUGAAGAUCCUAGUAUUACUCAGUAAUCGACUCACUGGACCAAUGCCAAGAUGGAUCAACUCCCUAAACCACCUCUUCCGUUUGGACAUAUCAAACAACAGUCUUACUGGGAAAAUCCCAAUGACCUUGAUGGAGAUGCCAAUGCUAAAAUCAGACAAGCCUGCCAUCUAUUUGGACCCAAGCCUCCUUGAUCUACCAAUUUAUGUGGACAGUGCUAAUGGUAAACUUCAGUACCGCAUGGGUAGUGCUUGGCCCAAAGUGCUGAAUCUCGGCAACAAUAAAUUCACAGGUGUGAUUCCCCAAGAGAUUAGUCAUCUGAAAGCACUCCUUUACCUGAACUUGAGUUUCAACAACUUCUAUGGAGAAAUCCCACAAUCGAUCGGCAGCCUCACUAUCCUUCAGAGGCUAGAUUUGUCUAAUAACCAUCUGACUGGUGAAAUUCCUGCAACGUUGGAGAUCCUUCACUUCCUUUCGGAGUUCAACAUUUCUAACAACAACCUAGAAGGACCUAUUCCAACAACAGGCCAGCUAAGCACAUUUCAAGCUUCUAGUUUUAAUGGGAACCCAAAGCUGUGUGGCCCUAUGCUUAUUAACCAUUGUGAUUCAGUUGAAGCACCUCCCAUCUCCAUCAUCUCUGUAAAAGAAUGCAGCACUAAGGUCAUCUUUGCCAUUGCCUUUGGUUUGUUCUUUGGGGUAGGAGUGCUAUAUGACCAGUUAGUAUUAUUCAGAUAUUUUGGCUAAGCGUCUAGUAUCCUGAUAUUUUGUUCACAUCUUUGUAUACACGUGCAACGGGUCUUCAUAAUGUAUUAGCUGAAUCUUUAGAAGUUGAAUAUUUUUGCCAAACCAAUCUG